AGCCCGAAAUUCAAGCCCAACCUGCGAGAGAGCUUGGGUUGGCCGGUUCGGUCGAAUCAUUUCUUCAACAAAACCCUAGAUUUAUAAACCCUAUCUUUUUAGGUUUUCCUCAGUUGUUCCACCCCAACCAGUCAUACCUCAACCCAACCCUAGAUUUAUAAACCCUAUCGUUUUGGGUUUUCCUCGAUUCCUCUUUCGAUCUCUUACCGCAAUCAAACCUCAACUGAAGCAACAUGGCUGAAAGAGGUGGGGAGAGAGGUGGCUUUGGCAGGGGCUUCGGCCGUGGUGGCCGUGGUGGCCGUGGAGAUCGCGGCCGUGGUGGUCGAGGUGGUGGGCGUCGCGGCGGUGGCCGUCGUGAUGAGGAAGAGAAAUGGGUUCCUGUAACUAAGCUUGGACGCCUUGUUAAGGAAGGUAAGAUCAGAAGCUUGGAGCAAAUCUACCUUCACUCGCUACCUGUGAAGGAGCACCAGAUUAUUGAAACACUGUUGCCUAGUCUGAAGGAUGAAGUCAUGAAGAUCAUGCCGGUCCAGAAACAGACCCGUGCUGGUCAGAGAACUCGAUUCAAGGCCUUCGUAGUCGUCGGUGACGGUAAUGGCCACGUCGGGCUCGGCGUGAAAUGCAGCAAAGAAGUUGCCACUGCUAUUCGUGGUGCCAUUAUCCUUGCAAAGCUGUCGGUGAUUCCGGUUAGGAGGGGUUACUGGGGUAACAAGAUCGGGAAGCCUCACACUGUUCCGUGCAAGGUUACUGGUAAAUGUGGUUCUGUUACAGUGCGGAUGGUACCAGCUCCUCGUGGUGCUGGAAUCGUUGCUGCUAGGGUUCCAAAGAAAGUUCUGCAGUUUGCCGGUAUUGAAGAUGUCUUCACAUCUUCUCGUGGAUCCACAAAAACACUAGGCAAUUUCGUCAAGGCAACAUUUGAUUGUCUCCUGAAGACCUACGGGUUCCUGACACCUGAUUUCUGGAGGGAGACUCGCUUCACAAAAUCACCGUUCCAGGAGUACACAGAUCUAUUGGCCAAGCCUACAAAGGUCCUCAUUGCCGAGGAUACCAGCAAGUUGGAUGAUUAGUUAAAAAUUUAGCGAGAGGAGUCGGGUAUUCUUUUGUUUUGGUAGCUAUUCUGGGACAUGAAAAGCUCUAUUUUGAAAGCGCAAACAAAUAGGCUUUAAGAGUUUAUUAAGUUGACAAGUAUUUUUUUUCUUUUGUUUAAGAAUUUUGAAUUGACAUUUACCAUCAUGAUCUACAUGGUUGUAUUUCUUUCCUUUGCGUUUCAAAUUGCUUCAAAAUUUAACUAUUCGUAUGAGGAUGUCUCAUAAAUCGCAAUAACUUUUGAAGUGCAUUGGUUUCA